AUGGCGGCCCCGUUAACGGCGAUGUUGCUGCUCGCAGGGGCAUACUACGUGACGCGACUGGCGCCUCGGGUGACGCAGCGGGUCGCGAUGGCACAGGGCGGAAUGGGUGCUACACAGGCCUUCCAUGCGCACCAGUCUUACCGCCGUCACGAGUCGGGCUUUGCGGCCAUUAUGUCGGAGCGGGAAGCCUUGCUGCUGCUUGGAUUUCCGGAGGAUGUCGCUGAUGGAACAUGUGUCCGCCCCUCAGACAAGCAGGUCAAGGAACGCUACUACACUCUGAUGAAGCAGUUGCACAGUGAUGUGAGUGGCAGUCCAUACAUCGCCACGAAGCUUAAUGAGGCCAGGGAUGUACUAUCGGGGCGAUGA